AUGCAAGCAAUUUUACUUAUUUUCGAAAUCAUAUGUUUACUUGAAUACAAUUCUUGUUCACUUUUGUCUCGAAUGAAAAAUCAUUAUGAAUACGUUUCUCAAGAGAGCACCAAAGCACUAUAUACGGAAGAUUUAUAUGAUUUUGAAUUUACAAAUAUUAAAACUACAAUGAAAUCAAGUUUUUUGAAAGUUUUCAAUGAAAUAGAUCACGCUGAGGAAGAUUUUUACCACAUUCCACAUAUUAUUAAAUUAAAUAUUACCGAACGGAACCGAAAGCGGACUAACAUAAACAACUUUGAUGAGGAUUUUAACAACUUUGAUGAGGGAAAUUCAGCCACACCUGAAACUUCAAAAAACACUGAACAGGGCCCUCUAAAUGAUUCGAGUAUGGUCUCUCCAACCAAUACGAGUCCUCCAAUGUCUACGACCAGUCUGAGCCCUCUGAACAAUACGAUCACUGUUAGUCCUGUCACCUCGCCCACUUCAACAAGUUCGACCAUUUUGACUACUAAAAAUACAACUUUGAACAUUACGACCACUACAUCGAAAAACGAAACAGUAAAAUCAUAUUGCUACAGAUGCGGUCUUAAUGAAACCAGAAUUCCACCCGCCUACUGUUAUUAUAUCUUUGAGGGAGGAGAUGAUAAAAGUUUCAUCACACGAAAGCAUCACUUUAAGAUAAAGUGCAUUCGCAGUGAUACAGUGAAGGAAGAAAAACGAAUUGCAUUUGGACCUUCAUACAGGCUAGGCUGUUUCAAAAGAUUUCUAGAUGUGGGUAUCGAAUAUAAUGAGCGGGGAUGUAGAACAGUAGUGCCUACUAAGGGAAAGAGUUUUGCAUCGAAACGUUUCGCGAAGAUGGAAUACCUACUGAAGCACGUAGACGAUGGCUGUGUAUUCAGUCCUUACGCGACAGUAACACCAUUUAGUCGAUCCAUUUCACUUUAUGCUCGAUACCAUGUAUGCGUAUGCAGUCAAAAAUAUUGCAAUCGAACUAACUCUAUCAAACUGAACCUCAGAGAAUCUAAUAACCUCCCGAAUCCUGAUAAAAAUGCGCACACAAUAAAAAGGACUGCUGCUAUCCUUUUGUGUUGUUUGUCAUAUUUCUUCUAA